CUAGACAGAAUAAUGGCCCCCAUAGCAAAUCUCAACAUAUUACCUUACGUAUCAAAAAGGACUUCAUAGAUUUGAAUAAGAGUCUUGAGAUGGGACGAUUAUCUGGAAUUAUCUGGGUGGAUGUAGGGUGAUCACAGGGUCCUUAUUAGAGAGAAGCAGGAGAGUCAGAAUCAGAAAAGGAGAUGUGAUAAGACAGGCAGAGGGUCCGUGUCACAGAGAUCUGAAGACACUACCCUGCUGGCCUUGAAGCUGGUGGAAGCAGCCCUGAGCCAAGCAAUGCAGGCAGCCUCUAGAAGCUGGGAAAGGCAAGCAAAUGGAUCCUCCCCCCCAAAGCCCCCAGAAUGGAAUGCAACGUUGCUAACACCUUGAUUUGAGCCCAGUGACACUGAUUUUGGACCUCUGACCUCCAGAACUAUAAGUUUGCCGAAUUUCUUACAAUGGCAGAGAGGUCUCGUGGUUCUGGCAACUCCCAAGGAGGCCGAGGAAAGAGCAAGAGAGAGAUCCUGAGGUCCACCAAGAGGGCUUGGGCUCCCCUGGAUGAGCAGCUGCUCCCGGGCCCCAAGGAGGACAGCCAGAGACUCACCAUUCCUCUGCUCGAAGAAUCCAAACAAGCCAGUAUUCAGCAGUGGCUGGACUCUGGAUUCUUGGUAAAUGAAAACUUUCAGCAAGUCAUCGACCACACUGUUUCUUUGCAUGAACAAGGAAUGGUACACAUAACCGUGAAGGACUACCUGAGAUCUCUGUAUCCGUUUUCGGAAACUCCCACCCUGUCCAGAGGGACCAGUUUCAACUCUUGCCACUCUGCUGCAAGUAUACCACAAAGCAUUCCUGAAUGGCUGGAAUUUUGGGAAAAAGAUCCAGUGGAGAUUCUCUUGGAUCUGGGGUUUGGUGUGGAUGAGCCAGACAUCUGCACACAGAUCCCAGCCAGAUUCCUGGAUUGUAGCUCAGCAGCCAGAGGAAUCAACAUCCGGGUUUUUCUUGAAGCUCAAAAGCAACGAAUGAACAUUGAGAACCCUGACUUGUAUGGACGUUUCCAACAACUGGAGAUCCUGGACCAUGUAGCCAAUGCCUUUUCAUCCUUGCUGAAUAACGUUAACAUCCUGCAGAACAAAGCUGAAGAGAAAGAUGGAGGGGAAAAUGUGCAAAGAACCUCAGUGAGUGAAGCCAAAGAACAUCGAAGAAGAAUGGGUGAGCUUUUCAGUAGAGCUUCAAAGCAGAGCAUUAGGAGAGAUUGCAGCCCAGAAGCGUCUGAAUCAUUGAAGAUGAGGGGCAAAUUUUCCAUCACCUCUGCAAAAUCAGGAGAGUUCGGAGCAGAGUUAACAGUUGUGACAAACGACCAGGACCAAGGUCCUUUGUCUCCUCCAGCAGAGCACUCCUCUCUCCAAACCUGUGAUGAUUUGGUACCUUGUCAUUCUCCCCAAGCUCUUCUGAGCAAGCAAUGGCCCUGCUCAUCCACACUGGCCAAGAGGGCUCCUCCUUCCUGUAUGUUGGAGGGGUCAGUCAAGGAUAGAACUCAAAAGGUGAACUCUCUUCAAACUACCAAGCUCAAGAGCUUGUCUCGUCUUGCAGGCAAAGCAUUGGACUCCUUUGAAAUGGAAGAGGUCCAGAGCUUUGAUGAAGAGACUGGUAAUCCUCUUGACAUGAUGUCGGGAAUUGCAGGUGCCACAGUGAACCGAGAAAACAGCUGCCAGUCUGACAGCAGUGGGUUCCUGGAUGAACCACUGGAGCCCCUGCCCCUGCAGUUGCCUUCCUUGCCAAGCAGCCAGAAUCCUGCUGAGAAUGGAUGUAGAAAGCCAAGGGAUCAGAGCCAGUGCUUGGUGUCACCCCAGUACUGCCAGCAAGAGUCAGAUGAAUCUGAUUCCAAGAGUACGGUGAGCGCUUCCUUUUCAAAACAAGACUGGAGUAUCUGGGAGGAAAAGGCCUCAAUAUCCAUGGUAGAGAAAGAGUCUCAGUUUGAGGAUAUGGAGAAGCCACAAGAGCCAUUGGCCCCAGAUACAGCCCUGGACAAAACCAGCAGAUGGGGAGAACACCCAAGGAAAGACAGCCAUCUGAGGCAGUACCUACCCAUGCCCCAAACUGAAUAUGAGGCCAUCAUGGGCACGGUUACCUCCAGAUAUGACUGUCCUCUGGGGUUUAUGGUGACCCACAUCACAGAAGUGAAGGAUGGGUUUCUGAAGCUUGAGGGGACUGGAGAAGCAUACAUGCAAAGCCACCACCACAAGUCCCAAAGAUCACCUGGAAUUGAUCCUGCUCACAAGUGCCAUCAUGAUGACUCUGAGGACCCAAGAGGAGCAGAAAGCAACAAAACCUAUACUGACACCAACAACAUCUCACUGAUAGGAGAAAGCCCACCACAGGACAUCUCCAAGCCCGGUAAUGUCAUGUCCUACACAGUUGACAAUAUUCAAACAUCUGAAAAGUCCAUUCUCCACCUAGAUACUCCUCAAGCAAAGCCAGUGUGUCCUGCUUUGGGUCAAGUACCACAUAGAGCAGAAUCUGAGAUGGAAAAGCUUCCUCCAAAUGCUGACUCAAACACUGUUGGUUCCAAGUCUGUGACAAUCCAGAUGUCCUCCAAUCUGGCAUCGGCUGCUCAGAAUGCUGUGGCUUUGGGGGCUGAUUCUAAAGGAAUGACUUUAGAAUGCACUAUGGGUGACCCUGUUCCCACCACAGAACCAAGACCGGAGACAAGAUCAAGAGAGUGCUGUGAUGUUUCUGUUCAGGCCAAUAUAUGUGAGCCUAGGCCCUGGCAUUGCUGUUCAGCUCCACGUAACAAGGCCCAGCGCCUCACCAAAUCUGUCUCUCUAGACACAGGUUUCACUCGCAUUUGCCCAGCAGCCAUUUGUCACACUGUACCUGCCCACUGCUGUGUCUGCUGUCAUCACCAUCCCCACUGCCACUCAGAGGGGCAGAGCCCCAGCCCUGUGCUCUCAGCCUGUAGGCACUGCCCAUGCUCAGAUGAUCAUCUGGAAGCCCAGUUCAUGAAGACGUUGAACAUCCUUCAGGACACUACAGUGAAGGAGCUGUGUUCUUGCACAGUCCACGAGAUGGAAGCGAUGAAGGCGGUGUGCCAGAGUUUCCGGGAGCAUUUAGAGGAAAUUGAACAGCAUCUUACAGGACAGCAGGCACUCCUUUGCAGGGACAUGUCAGAGGAGGAAAGGGAAGAGGCGGCACAACUGCAGACCCUCCGCCGGGCCCUGCGGCAGCAGGUGGAGGAGCUUGAGUUUCAGUUGGGAGACCGGGCUCAGCAAAUCAAAGACGAGAUACUAUUGCAGGUUGAGCUUCUCGCCGAGGAGCAACCUGAACACUAUACAAACCUGCAUGACUGUAACUGGACAGAAGAAAAGAAUGGCCACACUUCGUGUGCUAAAAUCCACCAGGCCAUGGGCCUCCGGGUUGCCUGGCCUCCCCGCGAUGGCCGGCAGGCUGCCAGCUCCAGUGUGACCCAUCUGGCUGCCUUUUCUCCACCCACCUUCGAGAGCAGCCCCAGGAUGUCUCCUUCAGCUCAAGCAGAGUCAGGUCCAGCCCCUCUGUCAAACUGUCCUACUGGAGAAAAGGGUACAAACAUCUUCCUCUAGAUCAGAGUGGGUUUGAUGACCUUCCAACACAAUGAGCACAUUCUAGCCAGACAGGGAAAUCUAAGUUGCCCCCGAGAAGUGUCUAUCAACCCUUCUUCAGCUUUUUAAAAAAAUAUAUUCUAUGCUGCGUUUCAACCCAAGAGAAACUCAAUAUUUCAAUAUUUAUUCAAUACAGACUAAGUGAGCACCUACUAUGUGCCUGGCACCAGGGAAUACACGGUGACCAAGAUAUAUGGUAUCUCUAGGUAUAAGUGAAAUUUGCCCUGUGGAAAUUUAGAGUCUGCUGGGGGAGAUGAAUGUGGACACGUAAAGACAUGUGGAUUUGAAACUAUGAAAAUGCUCUGAAGGAAAUAACAGGGUUUUAUGAAAGAGAACACAGCAGGGAAUCUGAUCGAGAUCAAGAUGUCAGGAGGGCCUGGUUUGAGGAAGUGACAACAGAAGAGAGAAAGAAAAUCCAGGCCUCAGAAGGACCAGACUUUCUAACGGCCUGAGGCAGUCAGCCCCUGGAAGCAUCGAUGAAGCUCCUACCUUGUGCCAGGAAAUCCUCUCAUGCUGGAGACAGCUGUGAAGAAGACAGACGUCCUAUUCAUAAAGAGUUGGAUGGAGAGGGAAGAAAAUGGGAACAGCAGACAAGAUAAUUUCAAUAUUGACAAAUGCCAUGGAGAAGACAGUGUGGGAAUAUUGUAGAGACUGGCGUGGAGAAAAAGCAUCCGGCAUUCCUUAGGGUGACAGCCAAGGCCUUGCUGAAAGGAGGCUAUCUGGCUACGACCUGAAUGGUGAGGAAGAGGAAGCCAUGUGAAAUCUGAAGAAGGAACCUUUAAAGCAGAAGAAAUGGGAAGUUUAAAAGCCCUGAGACAGAACCAGCCAGAGGUGCUGAGCACAUGAGUGUUGGGAACGUGGAAGAAAGAGGAAGUCCAGGGGCCAGCUGUAUGCUGGAGUCUGAGAGCCACGAUCCUUCUUCCACAUGGAAGCAUUACAGGUUCUAAGCAGGACUGUCACAUAGUCUGGUUUACAUUCAACAUCACACCGACGGCCUGUGGGGAACACACCGCUGGGGACUUGCAGCUAGGCAGCCCUCCCAGUGACGAGGCUGUUGGUGUAGUCCCUGCUGUGAGAAGCAGAGUGUCAAGUUGCUUCCAUGCAGCUAGGGAGGCUUGGGAGCCCCCCACCCCACUGAACCGUGGGAUGCACUGGCGGUCUUGAAGUACUGGAGGAAUUCUAAGGAAAGGAGAAUGCGUGAAGAAUGGAAGAGUCAAGAAAUGUCAUGGAAAAAAAUAAUCCUUUGAGGGAAGUAAUGAUGUGUAGGAGAUGUGCAGGUGGCGGUCACUUCCAAGCAAAGAAACUAAGAAGCUAUUUCUUUUGAAACUACCCACUACUAGAAUGGACCUCCUAGCCCAUUUCGUGCUUCAUCCCCCUUGCUUCUUGGAAACCCUUUGGCUUCGGUGGAACCCUCCUGCCAUCUGGACCAUCCCACAUUUGACUGCACUUUCUCAGAGUAUGAACAUCCCCCUGCCAUCCUUAAUUCUCUUCUUUUUCACUCUCCACACCUACUUUCCCAAUAUACGCAGUUCACAGGUACCUAUACCUCCAGUUCUUGCCCUCUCCAGAAUUCCUGUCCAGCAUUUUCUACUCUCAAUAACACAUUUUCACCCUGAAGACUUGCCCGUAUGUCUCGCUCAGCAUCUAACACUGAUCCUGUCAUUUCCCUGAGUCAGUUCAUCUUCCUGAUACUUCCUGGUCCAUGGCAUUGCCGUACUUCACGUGCAGACUCAGAGCCACAAGUUCACAUUGUGUCUUCGUCCUCCGUUACCUUCUUCCCUCAGAAUCAACAAUCACAUCACUGCCGAGUGUACUGCCACAAUGUCAUUCCCAGAAGCCCCUUCGAAACCUAUUACUUGGUGAAGACCCAACUGAGGGGCCUCCUAACUGCCUCUAGCUUCCUUCUCUCUGAGCUAUGCUGGCCUCUGCCAAAGUGGUCUCCCUGAAGCAUCACUUGGGUCAUAUUACCCUGGCCUAGGGUGAGUAGCCAGGGAACACUUUUAGGCUAUCCUAGAGAAUUAGAGACAAGUCACAGGAUCACUUUCCAGAGCAGUCUUGCACCAAACAACCUCUGUGCCCUGCAAUUGUUAUGUCCCUCUCUUACUCUCCUGCUGCCUCGUUUCUCUUGAACACAUCCCUAUUUUGGUUCCUGCAUCAUGGUUCAGCUUCCAGCCCCAACUUGACUCCUGGUAUAUUGCAUUUGUACUCCUCCCCAAGAUUGCUUCCCUUUCUAAACGUUUUAAACUUUUUACUCUUUCCCUGGGUCAGACUCUAGGCUCCCUGGUUUAUCUCCAUUUCUCCAAUAUAGACUUUGAAAAGGUUGCUGUGUUUCUGCCUUGACAAUCAGGCAGAUGCGUUCAGAGAUGAUGGAGGUAGAAAAGGAGACCUAUUGCCCUCAGAUGAAGGGCGGCAUGUGGAACCCCCAAGGAUCACUAAACAUCUCAUGGCAUUUCCUUGUUUAUUCUCUGAACUCUCCAACAAAGAGCACAAAAGGGGAAUCAAGAUAUAGAGAGCUGCUUGUCCCACCCAGAACAUUUGCUAUCUUUAGUCCUCAAUGACCUGAUUACCAACACUAGUUCCAAACACCAUCUCCUAUAGCUCAUGCCCUUCCUCCCAUAGACAUGAGACCUCUAGAAGCCCAGCCCACCUGAUGACCCAUGGGUUAUGUACUAGUGUCCCCCAUGGUUCUCUAUCCUGAAUACCCUCUAGGCUCACAGGGGAGCUUUAAAAAUUACUGACAUUAAAGCGUCACCCAAGAUCCAUUAAACAAGAAUACCCAGGGAUGGGAUCCAGGUAUCCGUAGGCUUUAAAAGCUCCCCAGAUGAUUCUGACAUGCAGUUAAAAUUGAGGAUUGUUGGGAUUCCUGGGUGGCUCAGCAGUUUAGCACCUGCCUUUGGCCCAGGGGGUGAUCCUGGGGUCCCAGGAUCGAGUCCCAUAUCAGACUCCUUGCAUCGAGCUUGCUUCUCCCUCUGCCUGUGUCUCUGCUUCUCUCCCUCUCUCUGUGUCUCUCAUGAAUAAAUAAAUUAAAAUCUUUUUUUUAAAAAAAUUGAGGAUUGUUGUUCUAGAUGAAAAGGCUAUCCUACAAUUCCAUUUUACAAUUCCAUUUUUCCUAUUGUUUUUCUAGGGACUCUCUAUUCUUUUCUCAUUUUUCUUUCUAUACUACCCCUCUCAGCUAAAAAAGUUUUUCACAAUUUGUUGGCAAUCACUGAAUAACAAAGGAGAAAGGAAAAAUGAUGUGUGGACUUUAUUUCUAUUUUUACAACAUUGACUUCUACCUUGAUCAUCAAUUCCUACAUUUCAUCUUUAUUUAUAGAGAAGUAGUAAACAGUGACUGUAUUUUGUCUUCCUUCCUUUCCCAAAAGUCCUCUUCCAAAUUUGACAAACGAGAUUAAAUAUACAUCUUUGAUUAGGUAGAUCAGGGUAAGAAUUAUUUGUUUCUUUAAUUUAACACCUUCCUUCUCUUGCAGGAAAUGUCUGUAUGAAAUAGCCAAUUACAAAAAUUAUGGAAAUGUAGGUAGUCUUCUAAAUGUAUAUGGUUGUUCCACCACUAGGACACAGCACAAACAUUCUAGAAAGGUGAGCAAUUAGACAAAUUGCCUACAGUGUAAACAUUAAAUGUAAACGUAAAACUGAGUGUUUUGAAUAUUAUUUAUGGCACACGAGGUAUGAAGCAAGUCUCUCAAGGAUAGAAUCUACAACAAGCACGCAGGUGACUCAACUACUCUGAUCUUAUGAUGUCCCCUAACUUUCAUCCUUCUACCUUUUCCAUAAAUAAUCUUCAAAAAUGCGUGUGUAUAUAGUAUGUAUAACAGCUACCAUGUUUCACUCCAAUAUCAAUGUACUCAACUUAAGGCAUCAUAAAACAUUAUGGUUAUGGAAAGAAUGUCAAAGUGUUUUCUGGAAUUACCCACAAAGUAAAUGCCUUCCCUCUCAAA